GACGGCUGCGCGGCGUGGGCCUGUGCUUUGCUGUGCAGACAGCAACAUCGCGGUGGACAACUUGACGGCCGGCUGUGCGAAAGCGGGGCUCCGGGUCGUCCGCAUCGGCCGGCCAGAGGCCACCCGCUACGAUCUCGAGAAGUUCAACCUCCUUGAGAUGGUGAAGGAUGCCAAAGCGCAAGAUCCAAACGCGGAGGACAGGGGUCACUUCGCUCAUCAGAGGGCCAUUCUGGAAGAUGCAGAGGUUGUCUGCAGUACCUGUGCCGGUGCAGAUCAUCCGGUGUUGCAAGGCAAAGAGUUCGGAUGUGUUCUUAUUGACGAAGCCGGGCAGACAACAGAGCUGGCUGUCCUGGUUCCUCUGAUGAAGAUGAGAUCUGAUGGUGUGGUCACCCUUGUGGGCGACCACCGACAGCUGCCUCCGACCAUCAGCAACGUCGAUGUGGAUGUCGAGGGUCUGGGGACCUCCCUGUUCGAGCGCCUGUCGUCCCACGGGGUUGAGCCCUUCAUGCUGGAUGUACAGUACCGCAUGCAUCCUGCAAUUGCAGCGUUCCCUGCUGUGGCCAGCUACAAUGGCAAACUGCGUUCUGGAGUGUCCGGUGCCAUGAGAAAAGCUCCGCAAGGCAUCGCCUGGCCUUUGCCGGAGGCUCCGGUCACUUUCCUGCCCGUUGAGGGCAAGGAGAAGUCUGAAGGAACUUCCUGGUUCAACGAGACCGAAGUGGAAGCUGUGGAGGCGCUCCUGGGCAGCGCACUCGCCUGGAACGACAUUGCACCCACCGAGAUUGGCGUCAUCACGCCCUACGCAGCGCAGGCUCGGCUGAUCCGACGUCGCUUGGGCUGUCCUCCGCCGGGCAAGAGGGCGGCUGCAGGGGCCGUGGGUGUCGCUUUGGUGGAGGUGAGCAGCGUCGAUGGCUUCCAGGGGCGUGAGAAGGACCUGAUCAUCGUCUCCACCGUCAGGGCCAACACCAGUGGCAAGGUUGGCUUCCUGGGCGACCCGAGGCGAUUGAACGUCACGAUCACCCGCUCUCGCAGGGGCCUCGUGGUGGUGGGCCACUUCGACACCCUGUCAGCAGACGAACACACCUGGAGACCCUGGCUGACAUGGGCGCAGGAGCGUGGUCUGGUUGCUGGAUGCGAAGCCAGCAACCCCACAGCCGUCGGAGCCCUGAAGCAGUUGGAACUCCUGACGGAGGAUCAGCUUCUGAAAGCGCUCGAUGCGACGUACACGACGCAGAAGCAGUGA